AUGUACAGCCGAAGCCGCAUCUUUGCAAUAAGCUUUGGCGCAUUUCUAAUAGUUUCAUGUGUAUCCAUUUGUAUGGCAACUCGGUUUGGAGCGUUUGAAAAGGUCCAAUAUAAUGUUCUUGAUCGAGGAAGGUAUUCAAAAAACGUGUUUAUAGGGUGUGGGUAUGGCAUAGCUGGGACUCUUGGUGUGAGUGGAAUAGUAGUGAUUCUAUGUGCGAUAGUUAUGAAUAACGUAUUAGUGUCAGUUUCUUCUGUCAUCAACAUCAUAUUCUUUGUUAUUGCAGUGAUGGGUGUUGCAUUCUAUUCGAACGAAGUCCGUAACUUUUUGAUGAUGAAUGAAAACAAAGCGAGAGAGUUCCAACCAUUUUAUAACUGUUGUGGAUAUAAAGAUAUUACUAAUAGUACUUUCAAUGUUACAGACUGCGCGUCGGAGAUUGGUAUAACAACACAAACACUUUGUUUCGACGCUCUGAAACCGACGGAAUAUGCCGAGUAUCAAGGAUUGGUCACUAUGAUGUAUUCUGUUGUCAUGUUUUUAACACUCGUCACGAACUACCGACUUCUUUUAGAAGAACUCUCUGAAAAUAGCCCCGAAGAGGUCACCAUAUUCCCUUCAGUGUUUCGACAAAAAGAAGAAAUUGAAGAGAAUCAAAGCGAUGAAAAAGAAGAGAACAACCCACUUCUAGAUGAUAUGGAAAAUGGGAAUACUAUUAUAAAGAGAAACAUUGCACAUAUAUGA